UGGCACACAGUUUCAACGCCCUUCUUCUCAGAGGUGGUCAUUCUCACCCUCACCUUCUGGUUCCUGCAGGCUCAUUUCUAGCCUCCCACACUGUAUUAGUCUUUUCUCACAAAGCUAUAAAGAACUGCCCAAGGCUGGGUAAUUUAUAAACGAAAGAGGUUUAGUUGACUCACAAUCUCACAUGGCUGCGGAGGCCUCAGGAAACUUACAAUCAUGGCAGAAGGCCACAGAGAAGCAGUUACCUUCUUCACAAGGCGGCAGGAAGGAGAAGUGCUGAGAGAAGGGAGAAGAGCCUCUUAUAAAACCAUCAGAUCUCGUGAGAAUUCACUCACUAUUACGAGAACAGCAUGGGGAAAACUGCCCCCAUGAUCCAAUUACUUCCACCUGGUCUCUCCUUUGACACGUGGGGAUUAUGGGGAUUACAAUUCAAGAUGAGAUUUGAGUGGGGACACAAAGCCUAACCAUACCAUACAUAUCAUACACACACCCUAACCUCCCCACAUUCCAUUCAGGCACUCAUGACCCUGUAGGUGCAGAUUCGUGGCUCACAUUUGUAUCUUUUGGGGAAAACUGGGGUAAUCAAGGUGGAGCUAGGCCCUGGGGCCGAGGCAAGUAAAGGACUUUGCCAAGUCCGCACCCACCAGGGAAGGAGCAGAGACUCUGUUAGGGCGCCAUGCCAGGGGCUGCAGUUUCAGAAUCCUGCAGACUCCACCCUCUAUCUGGCCACACUGUUCCCAAUUUUUGCGAGGUGACCUGGGGAGGGAGGACAGGUCGGAUGCUCCGACCUCACCAGGGACUCCACUGGACCGGAGCUCUUCCUCCGCCCAGUCCACAUGAGAGAGCUCCCUGGCCGGCCCUGAGACAGCUCCAGACCUGGCAGCUCUGGAAAAACAAACUGAUAUCGCCAUCGCCGCCGCCGCUAGAGGGCGCGUGGGGGCGGGGCGCGGGUGGGGCAAGGCGGGGUCCGACAGGAGGCAGGGCGGUGAGCCGAGAGGGGCGGGGCAAGGGACCGGGAGGCGGGGCCAGGGGCCGCAAGGCGGAAGAGCCCCUCUCGCCUCCGACACGGCGCCUAGCGCUCUCUUUACUCUCGGUGCCUCUUCGUAUUCUUGCCAGUCCCGUAGCGCUGGGCUGGUUUCCUCCGAGGUCUCUAAGAGCCUCCUACUGCGCCCCGCUCGCCGCCCGGAAGCCCCCAGCCCCUCAAGGACGCAUCACCUAAUGCCGCGGUCACGGCCACCGUCACAAGCGCCCCCAGCCCCACCCCACCCCGGCCUGCCGGCCGUCCUUCUCCCGCCCCCGCCCCCGCCCCCGCCCCCGCCCCUGCCUGCCAGCUCCACCUGGCUGCAGGUGCGGACGACCUCAAAAUUCCUCGGCCCGCGAAGGCCGCCAGCUGCGGGGAGGGGAGGCGCGGUCCCGCAGCGCCCCCAGGCUCAUGUCCCAGGUUGUGCCUUUUUAGCCAAGAAGCAUGGAAGUCAUUCACGGCAGGCCCUACUGUUGCAGGGAGCUUGAAGGAGCUGACAUACUGUCCAACACCUUUUACUCUAAUGAAUUGCACACCCCCCUCCAAACGGUUACUCGCCCAACUGCCUCAGAGGACAGGUAUCAGGAAUUAAGGGAGUCACUUCAACAGUGUAGGCUUCCUUGGGGGGCUGAAAGAGAGUAUGGUGGGAUAAUACCGAUUUCACUCCCCGAGGACCACAGGCCAAAGUGUGAGCCUCCUCGUGUCAUGGGCAAAGGACAUCAGCAUUAUGGAUUUGGUGGAGAAACCUGGCCAAGAAAGCUUCCUAUUGAACAGUUUUAUUAUUUGACCCAGAACAAAAAAAGUGAUGUCUAUGGAAAUGAUUCUUUGAUACCCAAGCCGCCUAAUUCAACAGUAGGAGAGAUCUGCUUGCCAUAUCCAAUUGAACACCCCUACCACACAUACAUCUGUCGCGGCGCCAUGUUCCCCACCUUCACGUCACCUGAGGACCUCUACACGGGCAUUAAAGCCCGCGCCCAGCAGCCCUUUCCUCCCACGGUGCCAACCAAGGCUUAUGAUUCAGCAGUUUUGAAGACAAGAGGUAAUCCUUAUAGAUAUGAACUGAUUGAUAUUCCCAUGGAUUCAAAGAAGAAAGCACUGACUUGGCCAGGUCAGGGUGUAUAUUACGAUUUUCCCAGAGGUGUUGAGAAAAAUAAGCCAAUAUUCUACCCAAAACCUCCUAAAACCUUCGCUCCUAACACUUCUUUAAAUUCAUGGGACCCUAUUUGCUCUGCCAAAGAAGCCAACAUACAAAGAAAUCUUGAGAGGUCCCACUGGCUCACUUCGUACACUCAUGAUUUUACAGGUCUGGGGCCCAUGGACCCCCUUGAACUGGAUGAUUACCAUGAAAAGAUGGUAGCAGAGUUAACAGGAAAGAUAGGAUUUGACCCAGAGCCUCAAGAAAAAUUCCAUCCUGUCUUCAAACCUCCCAGACCGUUGGAAGGACGAAUUGCCCGAUUAAUUCAGAACCGGCGUUCUCUGGAGGCUAUAGUCCAGCAAAGACCACGUUCCUGUACAGAUUGUACUCCUAGAGUUUUGUGUAAUUUUCAUACCUUUGUACCCAGUUCUAAAGAAAUGAUGGCACUUAGUGAUAACACACCAGCCGGUGUGACCCAUAAAAACCAGGAUAUUGAAGAGAAGAUCAUAGAAGAACAGAGCUUGCUGUCUACCUAUGAACUCCCAUCUUGUUACCCAACAAAAGACCUGACUAGCAUUUAUGACAUAAAGCCAUUUCCAAAAAUCACAGAUACUAAAAAGACAGAAGAUUUAUACUGGAGACAGCAGUCACUAAAAACCCAACCCACACCUUACUGUAAACCAAACCAUUGGAUUCACUACGAAAAUCUUAAAUCUCCCCUACAUGAUCAGUAUAAUAUGUGUCCAAACCCUGUUAGCCUUAGUAAACCUAGUGUUUUACAAAAUAAACAAGACACAGAAGCUUUCACUUUAGAACAUUUUUUAAGUAAGCCAGAAGAAGAGUUGUUCUUGAAUAUGGAAAACAAUGAAGAAACAAGACCUAUUCUUGGUUGGAUUCCUAGAGCUGGAGUGACCAAGCCUCAGACCAACCUGCUGGAGCUUAAGAACUCUUUUUCAAAAACUGGUGCACAAAAGCGUUUCCAUAAAUCAAUUCUAGAAGACCAUAAAGACCUUAGGGAUAAUGAGCAUUUGGGGAUGAAGCACCAAUUCUAUGGCCAUAAUUCCUAUUAUUUCUAUAAUUGAGAUACUCAUUGUUCCCUUCAAAACCCAGCCUCUUGCAAGAAGCUAAAAAAUAUAACAGAAUUUCCUUCGUAUUGCUGGAUUCUGUUCUCUAGAUUAAACCACAAGGGCCUUGUUAAUGAGGUUUACAUUUUCAGGAAUUUAAGUUAGUAUCUGGUUGGAGGAACCCAGAAAAGGUGAUGUUCUGACUUCUUGAAAAGUUUAACAAUUUGGCAAUAAAAUAUUAGAACUAGAAAAAA